CAUUCAGUUUUCAAACUUAUUAGAGAUCAGUUCGAAUUGCAUACCUCCACUAAAAUAUAGUAAAAAUAACAUACAGAGCUUAUAAUUCACUAUUUUGUUGUCAAUAGUAAUAGUUUCGCACUCAUAAAGUUAGUUUUAAAUUCCUUUACAUAAUUUUCAAAAUUUCAAAUUUUUUUUGAAAAGUGAAAUGUGGAAAUUUUGUUCAUAAGAAAAGAAAAACUCGAAAAAUUAACUGCAAAGUAACAUUAAAUACUCUUUGUUCUUCAAUUUUUAAUGCAUUUUUUGUAAUAUUCAUAAAAUAAGUCUAUUGAAGUCUUCUGAAAAUUUAAAGGGCUUCUGAUAAAAUAUAUUUUGUGUUAAAAUUAAAAAAAUACAUAUAGGAAAAAAAGAAAUCACUAUGAUGAUGAUGACAAAUCAAAUCCUCCAAUCGGACAAUCCUCAGCAGAUGCAGUCGCCACAGUCAAUUGCUGACUAUUUGGCACAGUUGCUUAAAGAUCGUAAACAGUUGGCUGCUUUGCCGAAUGUAUUUACCCAUCUUGAGCGUCUUCUGGAUGAAGAAAUUGCAAGAGUUCGAGCAUCAUUAUUUCAAAUAAACGGUGUCCGUAAAGAGCCUUUACAAUUACCAGAACCAGACGGAGAAACUGUAACAUUAAACGAAAAAGUUUACGUACCAGUUAAAGAACAUCCAGAUUUCAAUUUCGUGGGUAGAAUAUUGGGUCCACGUGGAAUGACAGCUAAACAGUUAGAGCAAGAGACUGGAUGUAAAAUUAUGGUGAGGGGCAAAGGCUCUAUGAGAGACAAAAAAAAGGAGGAUGCCAAUCGAGGAAAGCCAAACUGGGAGCAUUUAGCUGAUGAUUUACAUGUGUUAAUAACAGUCGAAGACACAGAGAACCGAGCAAAAAUGAAAUUGCAACGAGCAGUUGAAGAAGUGCAAAAGCUUUUAGUGCCUCAAGCAGAAGGAGAAGACGAAUUGAAAAAGAGACAAUUGAUGGAGCUGGCUAUCAUUAAUGGAACUUACAGAGAUUCAAGUACAAAGGCUGCAGCUGCCGCCUGUGAAGAAGAAUGGCGUCGCUUGGCAGCAUCAGCUGCUGCUGAGACACGAUUGUUGUCUCCUGGAAUGCAACAACUACCAAAUCAAAUGCGUGCUACACAAGGCACUCCUCUAGGUAGAGUAUCGCUUUAUUCUCUAAGUGAAGGAUACGAAAAAAUGAACUGCAUCUCUUCAGGUGCUCCACUGAUUUUAUCACCACGCAUGUCAGUACCUACUACAGCGGCUAACCUUCUUUCAAGCCAACCAGCACUUGAUCAUUCAGGCUUGAUAUACGCAGCUGCGCCUUUUACUGACUACACAAAUUAUGCGGCACUUGCAGCUGGAAAUCCAUUGUUGACCGAUUAUGCAGAUCAUACUGUAGGUGCUUUAAAAACGCAAAGACGAUUUGUAAAUCGAGAACAUCCGUAUCAAAGGGCCGGGGCACUCUCAUAAAUUACAUAGAAAUCAAAAUGAGAAAUACAUAAAUAAUAGUUCAAACCUCUUCAAGCACAUAAGAACCUUCCACAUCUUUCAACAGCAACUAUGGUUGCAAAUACAAGUAUUGAAAAAAAAACAUGAUUUUGAGAGUAGCGGGCCCUUUGUGACAAAUUUGCGAACGAUAAAACUUACAUAUUCGUUAGCUUUAUAAUGAAACCAAGCACUAACAUCUUAAACCAAAACAUGUAUUUAAUUCGUAUGUAUCUUUACUCUUUUAUUACUACAUCAGCCAUCUAAAUCCUUCGAUCAGUUUCAUUUACUCAAAUUUAUUAACGUGGUGCCAUGGUAGAUCGUGAUGAUAAUACAUAAAAAUCAUCUGUUCUCUUGUCACAAGCAGAUUUUGCGACAAUAUAACUUAUGAUUGUGCGCUAGAUCUAUGUUUAUCAACAGUUACAAAUGUCAUUGAAGAUCAUUUAAAAACUAUUGUGUUAUAAUCAUUAACAAAAAGAUAAAGAUUAUAUUAUUUUAGGUCCUCAAGUAAACAUCUUUAUUAAAAUAUGAGCCAAUAGAUAUAAGAAAAAUCAUUAACCAAUCAUUUCGAAUAUAACUAGCAAUCUCCCUGUAACUAAGAUACUUAACACUAAUUAUUCAUAACCCGACGCAUAAUUUGUUAACAAAAAUUUAAAGCAUAACUUAAUCAAAGGACAAACUAUUUUCGUUCGAAUAAAAGCAUUGAUGCAGGUGGAAACUAUUUGAAUUAAAAAUAAGUAACGUAUUUUUAGAAAACAUACUAAAGUAGAAAAAUAUUGCGGAAUGAGUACAUUUCCAUCUUCUUUCUCAAGAAAAAGAGCAACUUUGAAAGAUCUGAAAACAAUUUAAUGAAUGAUAUUGUUGUCUCCCUGCUAUAUACAAGAUCUUAUUAUAAUUACAUAAUGGACCUUUUUUUCAUUCUACAAAUGGUAAGUUGCAAUUGUAAUGAAUUCAUUCUAAUGUGAAUUACUUUAACUUUCUUAAAGAUUUAUAAGAUUUAAUUAAAUGUGCCUUAAAUAUUGCAAUAAUUAUUUCAAGAAAGAAGAAAAAAAAAGCAAAUUUAAAAAUGAAUCUAAAGAAAUAUGAAUUUAUUUAUAAUUUUGUUCCAAAAUAAAACAGAACAUUUUUCAUGUGUUGUAAGGAAUUAUUUUUUGGCAUUAAGUUAUUUUAUCUUCUUUAAAUCUUACUCAUUUUUGAUGUAUUCCGAAAUUUCUAGGUAGUAAAAGUUAAAAAGCCCCAUUGAUUUUUCAUAAAUAUUUUAAAAUACCUAACUAAAAUGCCCUUUUCUCUUCUAACUCUUUUUUUCUUGUGUUCAAUUAGAUUGAUAUUAAUUUUAAAUCAUCUAGAAUUUACGCACAAUGCCAAUAAAAGGAACAAAUUAUUGCGAAUAUAGGUAGCUUCAAUUCCUUUCAAUUAUUUUGUUUUUUGUUUAAUCAGCAUAGAUUUCAAACGUCAUAUGACAAAGUACCUAUUUAAAAAGAGUUUUAUUUCUUCUUAUUUACAUAUAAGGUAUCUUAUAUUUUCCGGAUUUAUUCUUGUUUUGAAUGAAUAAAUGAAUGUUCACAACCAUAUAGCUAUUUGCUAAAUUUUAAAAUCGUUUCUAUCUAAACAUUUACAAACAAAAAAGCAGCUAAAAAAUUAUAUUUCUUUUCGAAUCCGCAUCUCCAGUUUGUCUUCGAUAUGCAAAAAUCAAGUUGUAAGUAAAGCUGAAUAUGCAAAUAGAUUCCUUCUAAUUUUGAAACGUAAAAUUUUAUAUUUCUCAUGAUUUCAAUGGUAAUACCUAUCUAAAUCUUUUUUAAAACAGUAUUAAGAUGAAAUUUCAUAGGAUCAAUUUUAGCUGAAUCAAAAUUAUUUCAUUGGAU